ACACACUGGGCUCACCCUCCCCCCCGCCCUCACUUCUACAUCCAAAGGCGGGACACCCUCCUACCACCUGUACAGAAGAGGGAGCGGAUUUGAAAUCAAGUCCAGGUGUCUAGGGUCCCUAGACUGUGCCGAUCUUCGGACUCUGUGUCCUGCUACUCCUGCUGAGGUUUUUACAGAUGUCAUGGAGUUGGGUCUGUCUCCACCUCAUCGCAGCAGCUCCCCAGAAGACCUGUACCCAGCCCCUGGGACCCCUCCUGGGACUCCUCCGCCUCCUGAUAGCCCUCUGCCUGGGGAGGUGAAGAGGUCUCAGCCUCUGCCUAUUCCCACCAGCAGGAAACUUCGAGAGGAGGAGCUGCGGACGACCUCUCUACCCUCCAUCCCCAACCCUUUCCCCGAGCUCUGCAGUCCUUCUUCACAGAGCCCCAUUCUCGGGGGGCCCUCUAGUGCAAGGGGGCUGCUUCCUCGAGACGCCAGCUGCCCCCAUGUAGUAAAGGUGUACAGCGAAGACGGAGCCUGUCGGUCUGUGGAGGUGGCGGCAGGUGCCACGGCCCGCUAUGUAUGUGAAAUGCUGGUGCAGCGAGCUCACGCCCUCAGUGAUGAGAACUGGGGGCUGGUGGAGUGCCACCCCCAUCUAGCACUGGAGCGGGGCUUGGAGGACCAUGAGUCAGUGGUGGAAGUGCAGGCUGCCUGGCCUAUCGGCGGAGACAGCCGCUUUGUUUUCCGAAAAAACUUCGCCAAGUAUGAACUGUUCAAGAGCUCCCCACACUCCCUGUUCCCAGAAAAGAUGGUCUCCAGCUGUCUGGACACACACACGGGUGUAUCCCACGAAGACCUCAUCCAGAACUUCCUGAAUGCCGGCAGCUUCCCAGAGAUCCAGGGCUUCCUGCAGCUGCGGGGGUCAGGACGCAAGCUUUGGAAACGCUUCUUCUGCUUCCUGCGCCGGUCUGGCCUCUAUUACUCCACCAAGGGCACCUCCAAGGAUCCAAGGCACCUGCAGUACGUAGCAGACGUGAACGAAUCCAACGUGUACGUGGUGACCCAGGGUCGCAAGCUGUAUGGGAUGCCCACAGACUUUGGCUUCUGUAUCAAGCCAAACAAGCUUCGAAAUGGUCACAAGGGGCUUCGUGUCUUCUGCAGUGAGGAUGAGCAGAGCCGCACCUGCUGGUUAGCUGCCUUCCGCCUCUUCAAGUAUGGGGUGCAGCUGUAUAAGAACUAUCAGCAGGCACAGUCUCGCCACCUGCGCCCAUCCUGUGUGGGAUCCCCUCCCCUGAGGAGUGUCUCGGAUAAUACCCUGGUGGCCAUGGACUUCUCUGGCCAUGCUGGGCGUGUCAUUGAAAACCCCCGGGAGGCUCUGAGUGCAGCCCUGGAGGAGGCCCAUGCCUGGAGGAAGAAGACGAACCACCGUUUCAGCCUGCCCACCCCAUGCUCAGGCACAAGCCUCAGUGCAGCCAUCCACCGCACCCAACCUUGGUUCCAUGGACGCAUUUCCCGCGAGGAAAGCCAGCGACUCAUCACACAGCAGGGCCUUGUAGAUGGCCUGUUCCUGGUCCGAGAGAGUCAGCGGAACCCACAGGGCUUUGUCCUCUCUUUGUGCCACCUGCAGAAAGUCAAGCAUUAUCUCAUUCUACCGCAAUGGGGACCUCAGCCCUGGCCCAGGAGGGAGCCCUUCCAGUUCACAUCCUUCCCUGACUACCUACCCCCUAUGGCCAUACCCCAGAGUGAGGAGGAGGGCCGCCUUUACUUCAGCAUGGACGAGGGCCAGACUCGCUUCACCGACCUGCUGCAGCUCGUGGAGUUCCACCAGCUGAACCGCGGCAUCCUGCCCUGCUUGUUGCGCCACUGCUGUACCUGCGUGGCCCUCUGACCACCGCAGAAGCAGGCAUGUGUCUCAGUCCCGUGCUCAUAGGCCAGACUCGGAGGGUGCAGAGGGCAGGGACAGCAUCGUGAAUUAUUGGAGGGUUUCCCCACUCCAGUUUUCACCUCUGCUCCUUUGCCUCCCUGAGGCAGAAAGUACCCCCCACCCAGUCCACCCUCAACCCCUCUCCUCAAGGGAAGGCACUUGGGGUGGCCCUCUCCCCUUCAUGGAGCUUCUGGGCACUGCCCUGGGACAGGGCAUUAUGGGAAAAAUGAGGGCAGCCCAGGGGAUCUUAUGCUCCACACUUUGUACAGACUGAGAGGCCAGUUGAUCUGCUGUGUUUUAUACUAGUGACAAUAAAGAUUAUUUUUG